AUGUCGACCUCGUCGCGCAGUCGCAGCUCCUCCCCCGAUAUCCUGGGUCCACCAGGCGACGCUGAGUACUUGAUUUCAUCACCAGCCAAACCUUUCUCCGGUCGUCAAAGCUGGUUACCUGCGGACACGAAACACCAAAGCACUCCGCCCAAGCGACGGCGCAUAAGCCUCAGCCCCGAGAGAAGUGCGCAUUCGAUCCGGUUCGAUGAUGUCCUGCUUCCUGGCUCGCCAACCAUGAAGCUUGAUGGGCGCCAGCGUUCGCUUUCACCGGUGAAAGACCACUCGGAGGGGAAUGUAAGCCCGUGGCGCAUUCGAGUCACGCUCGAGGCAACACAAGAUGAAGAAAAUCAGGUUAGCCCGCGGAAGCGCCAACGCUCUACAACAGUCACAACAAAGGUUCCGCUCAAGGAUGAAAGGAGUCCUCUGGCCGAGAAAACACCGCGACGUCGCGGUCGCCCACGGAAAUCUGACGUGCAGGCGCUCAACGGGUCACCCUAUCCACGAAGCCCUGGGAACACUCCUGCGCGCCCGACUGGAACUCCACAGAAAAAAAGGGGCCGACCGCGCAAAGGCACACCGAAACCAACCGCCCAAGAACCACCGGAGCCAGAUGAGCAACCAACACCGUCUGUUGUCCCUGAUCAGGCAGGGAGUCCAAUGGAUAUUGCCGUCGAUGACGAUGUCGAACCACCUCGCGAUUGGACUCCAAUGAACCUCGAAGCCGACAGGACCUUUGAGACCGACUCACUUGGGGCCGAUGACUUGCCUGUCGCGGACUUCAGUGAACAUCCUCUAUACACUGGACAAUUUGAUGUGGACGUCCGGGAUACCAACACGGGCCACGAUUACGGUCGAGCAACUUACGACACGCCAGUAGUCGGACAAACAGAUUAUCAGUUUGAUGUCGACGAUGAGAAAAUACAUUCAACACCCUCGAAAAUACCUUCCCCGACUCGAGACCUAUCAAUCUUAUCACCAAAAAUUACGCAACAGGCGAAUCGUGCCCCUGCCUCACAGCCCACCUAUCCAACUCCCACCUCUUCAGUUGAAGAGGACAAUCAGACCGGAGAAGACGUUGUGGAAGAGAUAAAAAGCCCCCGUGUGGAACAAAAUCGAAGCGCCGACCCGACAAGUCAACAUCGCGAGUUUGAUUCUAUAAUGGAGGGCGAAGGAUUCAGCAUGGUGUCUCUGGACACGCUUCCUUCAGCCAAGCAACAUGGACUGGCUUCCAGCUCCCGCCUGUCUUCAAACGGGGCUCUGAGGCCAUUUUUGGAUCGUGAGAAUGGUGGCCCUGCGGAUCGUCUGAAACGGAAGUUGCCCGGGAGUAUCGCUGAGCUUCGAGGUGAUCGCCAAGCCUCGAGGUCGCGAAGCCCACAGGCCAAAGGCUCCUCUCCUGGGUCGCUCAUCCGGUCUCGGAUCGAUGCAAUGUCGGAUCGUUCUCCUAUCAAUGUUGGCAGGAGUCCUGCUGGAAGAAAACCCGAUGGAAGAAGUCCUGUUACGAAUGAUGUUCGGUAUUCAGAGCUGUCUCGGUCUCUUCUGGCUGGAAAGCCACCGAAUGUCCCCAAGAAAAGGCCACUGACGAGCUUGGCUCGACUUGUUCGCGUUGGGAUGGCGCUAAUGGGACCAUUCAAGUCACGAGACGGCGAGCUAUCUGAUUUUCGGAACACAGCCCGCAAAAGCCGACUGGAAGAUGUGUUCAGCACAUUCAGUCCUGAUACCCAGCGAGAAUUGCGAGCUGCCUUGGGGCUCGGACAAGAACUUGCGAGGAGACAGUCGGAACUGGAGGAAAAACGAGACACAGAAUCUGUCUCGGAUGUGGAGGAUUCUGUUGAAGAAGAUGUUGAGGAGGACGAGGAUGAAGAGUUGGAUGAUGUCCACGAACUCGACGAGGUAGAAGUUAUACCACAGCCACCGCAGUCGGAGCAGAGGGACCGUAUGGACUCGAUAACUGCACAGCGGGAGGCUGAAUGGCAACGUGAACGAGAAGCCGUUAGCCGCCAGGCCCAAACAACAAGUGCGAAGUCAAUGAUCUAUAUCGAUAGUGAUGAAGGCGGUUCACCGGUCAACGAGGACGAAGCGGGGAAUGCUUACGAUGGUCAUUCUCAAGCAGACUUUGACCAGGAGGAGAUGGACGACGAUGUCGAGGCCGAAGUUGUUCCUGAGCCACGAUCGAUUGACAACCAGGAGCCAGAUGUGGAGCCCGAAAUCUUCGACGACGGCUUUGAUGAUAUUUGGCAACAAGAGGCUCGUGAUAAUAGCCAAGUGUCGCAUCAAUCAGAAGACCGACAUCUUCAACCCCUCGAGAGUGAUCCUGUCAGCCCUUGGCGAAGGAUUGCUACAAGCAUCAGCGGUGGAAGCUCAUCGCCAUCUCAAUGGAACCUCGAACAGAGCACCACGCCGUACCUUGGUCGGUCUCAUAUUCACAAAUUACGCGAGGAGGAAGUUGAUCUUUCAGCCCUACUUGCAGAAGAGGAUACACCGAAUCGAGCUCGUUACUACAAUGGGACCAGUACACCCCGCAGCGCUACGAGCCACCGUUCCUUGAUGCAACCGUCACCAAUCAACGGAUCUGCCGUGCCAGGGAGUUCGCAGCGUUUGACUGCGCGACAUGACCGUCUACAGCCUCUUUCUCAGUCCAGUCCAGUCAGCUCCCCAGAGAGAGGUGGCAUUGAUUCCCCGACGACACAACACCGAAGUCUGACACUGGAAGAUCAAGAAGAUGGAAAUGAUUUCGACAGUAGCGCCUCUGACGGCGCCCCUCUUAACGACCCGGGAUCUGUUCAUAAGGACCUUGCAACUACUCCAGAUCCUGAGCAGCCUGCCAACGGCGAAACUCCAGCAUCCUCUUGGUUUCAGAGAAUCACCAAUCUUACCCCAAGGUGGUUGAGAGCACCUGCGCGAGGUCGAAAUGAGAGCGUAAGCUCUGUAUCCGAAGACGAGAAUGAAGAGGACGAGGACCUGAGCGACGAGGAACGGGAUGUUAUUGAACCAGCUGGAGAAAUUGCUGAACAUCGUCCCCAGCCAAUUUCAAUCUCUUCGGAUGAAUCACCCUCAGAAUCGCCGCAUCCACCAUCUCGCUUCGAGCAACAUAAUCGUGGACCCGAAGUAGAAGAGACAUUAUAUGAUGCACGAAGAGAUUCUGAAGAAGCCGAGGAAUAUGGCGACGAAAAUGACAUCGAUGAAGAAGACGCAGCAUCCGGCAAACCUGGUUAUUUCUCCGAUGUCCAUUACAAUGCUCUUCGGCGUGUCUAUCGAAUGGCAAAGCGGUUCCCCGAACGCUUCCAGUACUAUGAUGCCCCGGGACGCGCUCAUAUCAUCGGCGACUGGAUCUGGACGUCCGAUGGACAUCAUGGGGUGCCCAUCACGCAGCUGCAGUUUGCCAUUAUAGACCGCUUUACCCAGGGACUUUCCAGAGCCGACGUCCAAUCCGGUGGCGACGGGCAGGUUGACUGGACAGAAGCUGACCUGCAUCGGAGACUGAUCAGCAUCAUCAUUGGUGAGCAAAUCCGAGAGGAGAAAAAGGCAAAGGCACUCAGAGGUGCUUCUGUGGAUACAUGGCGAUGA